CCGCCGUGUCUCUCCCCUCGCAGAGCAGUGUGUGCAAGGUGCCUCCACCCUUUGGUGCCUCAGGUUUCUCCCUAAGUGUUUGGUCGCCUGCUUUGCAAUCCUGUGUCCAGAGCCCCCUAUCCUGAGUUCCUCCAGACCAUGGUUGACCUGGGGUAACUGAAAGUCUGGAAAUUGAAUCUGAGGAAAGUGAAACUACGGGUAAGGGGAGACUACUACUCAUGUAUACAGUAAAUAAAUUGAAAAGAAGCCAUCGCUGAGUGCCAGUCUGAGGACUGCAGUCAGUGGUAUCUGUGCUAGAGGAGAGGAAAAAUCAGUGUGCACCAGGUGAUCAAGGAAGACUUCCUGAAGGAGUGUUGCCAGGUUGACCCUUUGUACCACGAACGCUGGUGUAGAUGCUUGCUCACUGAAGAGGCAUUACCGUUCAUUGGUGUUUUAGGAACCUGUUACGUUCAAGGAUGUGGCCAUGGACUUCACCGAGGAGGAGUGGGGGCAACUAGACCCUGCACAAAGGGCCCUGUACAAAGAGGUGAUGCUGGAGAUCUACGGCAGCCUGGUCUCAGUGGGAAAGAAACUUUAUGACUGUGCUGAGUGUGGCAAGAGCGUUAGUCGGAGCACGGAUCUUUGCUAUCAUCAGAGAAUUCACACUGGAGAGAAACCUUUCGUAUGUGAUACAUGUGGCAGAGGCUUCAGUUAUAACACAAAUGUCCGCAUUCAUCAGAGGGUUCGUACAGGAGAGAAACCUUUUAAGUGUGAGGAGUGUGGCAAGGGCUUCCAUCAGAGCUCCAAUCUUCACAACCGUCAGAGAGUCCACACUGGAGAGAAAGUGUACAAAUGUGGUAAGUGUGGUAAGGGCUUCAGUCAGAGCAUAGAUCUCCACGUGCAUCACAAAGUCCACACAAGAGAAACUGUUUAAGUAUGAAACUCUUAAAGCACAAACUUCCAUGCUUAUCAGAGUCCACACAGGAGAGAAUCCUUCAAGAGUGAGGAGCGUGGUAAGGACUUCAGUCACAGCUCUGAUCUUCACAUUCUCCAGAGAGUCAAACUGGGGAGAAGCUCUACAAAUGUGAUGUGCGUGAAAGGGCUUCUUCAGUCAGAGUGUAGAUCUUCGAGUUUGUCAAAGAAUUCACAGGAGAAACACCAUUUUUAUGUGAUAAAUGUAGUAAGGGCUUUGGAAGGAGGCUCACCUUGAGUUCCUCAAUAA